AUGGCUCCAACCCGCUCUCAACUGCUUCAAGUGGCGACUGCGGUGGUAGAUGGCUUUUCCAAAUGGACAAUCGAAGAUGUUAUGGCACCCCGCAGUCAAAAUUGCAUCCAUCAUAUGCUUCCCGCCUCACUCGAAAAACCUCCGUUCAGCAAUGACGAGCUUUCGGUUUGGCUCGAACAGAUCAUGGCUGUGGUACCAAACGGGUUCAAUAUGAUGUACGACAAAGAUGCAUGCGUCGUGGACAAAGUCACUAGAAAGGUUGUUCUCUACGCCAAGGCAACCGCAGAAACCAAGGCUGGGCCAUUUCACAAUGAAUAUGUUUUUACCAUUACAGUCAACGAGGAAGGAACUCUUGCAGAUAGAGUGGAGGAAUGGAUGGACAGCAAGCUCAGUUUGGAUAUAUUGGCUCGACUGGCAAAUUUAACAAACUGA